GUGGCCUCGAUCGCUGCGAAGCUGCCCGGGAGGACGGACAACGAGAUCAAGAUCUAUCGGAACACGCACUUGAGGAAGAAGCUCCUCCGGAUGGGGAUCCAUCCGGUGACCCACAGGCCGACGACUACUAAUCUCAAUCUGCUCGAUGCUCUCAAGCUGAUGCAGGCAGAUGCUGCACAGCUUGUCCAGCUGCAGCUGUUGCAGAGCCUGAUUCAGGCCGUAACAAGCGGUUCCUCCCCACACAUGGACUCGAUGAGUCUCUUCGGAUCGCCUUCUCUCGGAAACAACCAAGCCAAUGAUCUCUUCUCGCUGAACCGCGAGAUUGAAGGUUUCCUUGGUGGCUCACUCGACCUUCAGGAUUCAGUUUCAGCGGUUCCAGACCUUUCAGGUGUGGGUCAAUACUUGAGCAUGGACUUACAACAUGUGCCAGAGUCCAGCUUUUGCAAGGAUGGAGGUGGUGCGGAGAUCAGCAAUGUUCCAAGCGCCAUUUCAUUCCAGAGCUUCAGAUUCUACUCCAUUUGCUUCAGCCUCUCAAGAGACCAAGACCAUUGA